GUAUUUUGCCGCUUACAAGAAGAAGACGGUUUGGAUGCCUUUCUACUACGAUGGAGUCUGUGCCGACCACCUUCGUUCGCUGGGUUUCCUGAACGUCAUCCAUCGGCAAGAGGAUUUCUUCCAACGAGUGGAGGACCGUGACUUCCUUAGUAGGGUGGAUUUGAUUUGGGACAACCCGCCCUACACGGCCCCUGAGAUGAAGGAGCGUGUUUUGCGCUCUUUGGCACAGUGUGGAAAGCCCUUUGCGAUGCUUCUGCCCAUCUCCGUGCUCCAUGUGGGCUUUGUGCGAGAAAUCAUUGACAUGCAACAAGUUCAGGCCAUCAUCCCUCGACGAGUGCACGUCCGAAAGACUGGCAAGGACCGCCCGGCAGCCGAGGGCCUCCCAGGGCCUCCCAGCGAGGAGAUCUUGCCCUUCAAAUACCUCUGCUGGUUCUGCUGUCACACCCGACUUCCGCGGGACUUGAUCUUUGUGGACGAUGCGAAGGCCGAGGCCGAGGAGGCCGAGGCAGGUGCCGACGCCAACGACGCUGUCGUCGGCUUCGCCAAAGGCGCGGAAGGUCCUGCGCCGGAGGUCUUCGAUGAAGUCGAUGUCAGUGCGGUACAGCUGACGAGCCGGCGACUUCCAGAGUUUCCGGGUCUUGGACCAGGUGGCAACCCCGUCCCAGCUAUGACGACAUCGAACGUGGUCUUCGACCAGGAAACCUUGGAGUGCAAGGAUCCACGCUGGCAGCACACGGCCGACGGGCUCUGGACCUUCAGGCAAAUUGCAGAUGCCUAUUUGGUCUUUGGUGCCAAAAAGUUCUACAAACCAGGAGGCGUUCCUGAUCCGCUGACGCAAUGUGUCGGAGCUUUGGUCAUUGCUGCCGGAGAGUUUCGUGACUCGGGCGUCUUCCAGCUGGAUUUCUUGAGAACUGGUCACUGUGGAGAGGUGGUUAAUCCUCAGAUCCAAAAAGAUGGUGGAAUCAUGAACCUUUGCAUCAGCGGUUUCGGUGCUGGAUAUCUCACAGCGGCACCUUGGGUGGAUGAGGCUAAGAGUCUGAUUGCAACGCUGGAGGAUACGGUCUUCCAGACUUGCAAUCAUGCACCACCAUAUGUGAACAACUACAGUUGUCCGGAUCCCCUGGCAGUUCCUGGCGUGUUGUAUCCCAACUACAUCGGAGCUUUCUGUCACAAGUGGUUCGCCAGUCGCUGGUCCACCUGCGAUUUGACCCAGACAACGCCGCGCUGCUGCGGGUUGUUUAAUGGAGGUGCCAAUGCUGGACGCGACAAGUAUCCGUUUCCAGAGUAUUACUACGCGAAAGCUCAGAAGCACUUGGAUGCUGGAGCAGACUUCACACAGACUUGUAUAGAAGCCUUGGCAGGUACAACUUAA